AUGAAUGAUUCACUAUCUAGAUUAGGAUCUAUGAUAGAGUCAGCUAAAGAGUUGACAAUUGAAGCUGCUGUAUCUGCAUCUGCCAGACUAACAGAUACUCCAAAUGCACAAAAACCAGAAGAAAUAUCGAAACUAUUAAAUUCAAGAAAUGAUCGCGAAAUAUUACAAGGAAUGAAACUAGUUAUAUCAUUAGUAUCGAAAGGUGAAGAUGCAUUGCCAUAUUUUGCAGAUGUCGUUAAAAAUAUAACGAGUUCAAGUAAUAAAAUAAAGGAAUUGGUCAUAAUUUAUUUAACCAAAUACGCUGAUGUUGAACCAGAUACAGCUUUAUUAUCAAUCAAUUCAAUUCAGAAAACACUUGGUGAUAAACAUCCUGUAAAUAGAGCAAAUGCAAUAAGAUCAUUAGCUGGAAUACGAAUUGAUUCAAUUAUACCUAUUUUAACACUUAGCUUAAAAAGAACUUCAACAGAUCCAUCACCUUUGGUAAGAGCAGCCACAGCAAUUUCAAUUGGGAAAGUUUACGAUAAUUCUGGUAAAUCAAAGAAACAAUUGAUUGAAAUGUUGAGCAAAUUGCUAUCAGAUAGUGAAGUAAUUGUUGUGUCAGCUGCAAUUAAAGCAUAUUUCAGAAUAAGAUUUUCAAUACCCGAAAAUAAAAGAUGGGAGUUGAUGCAUAAAAAUUUUAGAAGAUAUUCUUCAUCAAUUCUAGAUUUAGAUGAGUGGUCACAGGGCCUAAUUAUUGAAAUUUUUACAGAUUACUGUCGUAAAUUUUUUAAAAAACCAUUGGAUAAAAAUACCAUGGAUCCAGAUUUGGAGUUGUAUUUAAUGUCUAUAAAGGAUUUGAAAAAUUCAAUCUCAGAAAAUGUGGUAUUGUCCAUGAUCAAAUCAAUCGUGGUUUUAGCCCCAUUUUUAAUUAAAGAAUAUAAUCUUGACGUUAUAUUAACAAGAUAUGCGUUAGCAGAGGACAGUUGGUUAGCCUUAAUUGCAUUACAAACAAUUCUACUCAUUAGUCAAGAAAAAAAGAAUAAGGAACUAUUCAUACCACAUUUUAGAAGUUUUUACAUAAUACCGAAUGAAUCAGAUGAAAUAAUCAAUGCAAAACUUGAAAUAUUAUCUACAUUAGCAAAUUCAGAGAAUUUUAAGUACAUAUUUGAGGAACUUAAAUAUUAUAGCUUAUCAAAUAAUAAGAUUUUAUCAAGAAAGGCAAUUAAAACAAUUGGUGAAUGCUCACAAAUAUCAAAUGAAUGGAGUCAAAAAAUAUUGAAAUGGUGUUUGAUGAAGAUUAGAAAAUCUAAAACCAGUGAUUUAUUAAAUGAAUUAUUAACUGUUAUACGAUAUUUGAUUCAACAAAAAAGUAGUUUAGAGAAAACAGAUGUUUUGAAAACUAUAUAUAAACUUGCUUCUAUACUUGAAGAUGAUCAAAUUGAAUUAGAAAAUGAAGCAAGAGCAAGUAUAAUUUGGAUAAUUGGAGAGUAUACAGUUUUAGCUGAUAAUUCAUUAGGACCAGAUGUUUUAAGAAGAUUGUUAAAGAAUUUUGCAAAGGAAGAGGAGAAUGUCAGAUAUCAAACAUUAGUACUUGCAUGUAAAAUAUUUGCAUAUGUAUUAAUUGAAUUAAAGAAUGAGGUUAAAGAUGUUGAAGAAGAACUUGAAAACAAUAUAGAAUAUAAAUUGUUCAAACAUACUUUACAGUUGGCUAAAUAUGAUGUUUCAUAUGAUACAAGAGAUAGAGCUAGAAUGUUUAAUGUAUUAUUAAAUUCAGGUAUUGAUCGUGCACAAUUAGCUUCCUUGUUUUUACAAGUACCGAAACCAGUUCCAUUUGUUAAUUCAAAUAAAGGUGAUAAUGAUAUACUUAAAUCAAUCAAACAAUAUUUCAGUGUACCAGAUUGGGCAGAUGAAUCAACUUUACCAUCAUCAGAAAUUCGAAAAGAAGCACCAAUUGAAAUUAAUAGAUUAGCUAAUGCAUCAUUUUCAUUUUCAACGGAAGGAACUAAAUCACCAAGUCCAGUUAUUGAACAAUCAUUUUCAUCAAAACAAUACUUAAACGAUGAAAUAAAUAAACCUAAACCAUCAUAUAAAUUACAAAGCUUAGAUGAAUUUUUUGGUAGUGAAGAUAGUGAAAGUGAAGAAGAAGACGAGGAGUCAGAAUCUGAUGAAGAUGAAUCAUCAUCGGAAUUUGAAGAAGAAGAAGAAGAAGAAGAAGAAGAAGAAGAAGAAGAAGAAGUAGAAGCGGAAGAAGUAGCGGAAGAAGAAGCGGAAGAAGUAGCGGAAGAAGAAGUGGAAGAAGAUUUGGAAAACAAGAAAAAUCAAAAAGAAUCAGAGGAUGAUUAA